AUGGCCAGCAGUCAGCCAUAUGACAAGCAAUCAGUCGCUGUCCCCGGCACCAAACGCCCUGGUCAAACCGCUCACUAUCGUAAUGGCAUUUGGGGGUUGAUCGACGAAAACACACCUGGCGUCUUGAAGACCUUGGACGAAAUCUGGGACGUUGGUCUGAAAGUGGGCAAGAAUACUCCUUUUCUCGGCGAACGUCGCGUCGUCUCGACGAACCCACUGAAGUUUGCCCCGACCUACACCUGGCUCACGUACGGCGAAGUCGACACCCGAAGGAAAUACGUUGGCAGUGCUCUGCACUCGUUCUUCCAGAGCGGUGAACUGGGUGGUGGAGAAUUCCCGACUGUUGGCAUUUGGGCUGCCAACCGUCCAGAAUGGCAAAUUGUUGAUAUUGCCCUGCAAAGUUACCAAAAGGUCUCUGUCAGUUUAUAUGACACUCUCGGCAAGGAUUCGGUCGAAUAUAUUAUUGGACAUGCCCACCUUACCGCUAUUUUCUCAACUUCUGACCACAUCCCAACACUCCUGAAGCUCGCACCUAAAGUACCGACGCUCAAGAUGGUUGUCUGCAUCGAUGCCAUCUCCAGCGACGCUGCUAAGUUGCUCCAGGAGUGGAGUGAAGCAGUUGGUCUCACCUUUAAGACUUUCGCUGAAGUCGAGGCGUACGGCAAGGCGAACCCCAUUGAGCCUAUUAGGGCUUACCCAGACCUCGUUGCUUCGAUUUGUUAUACUUCUGGAACCACUAACAACCCUAAAGGUGUCGUGCUAAGGCAUAAGAAUCUUGCCGUUGCGACUCACAGCAACAUGUACGGCCUGACCCUCCCUGAUAACGCCUGUCUGCUUUCUUACCUGCCACUCGCGCACAUUUACGAGCGCGUCUGCGAGCUCUGCACCAUCGCCAUUGGUGGCAGGAUCGGUUACUUCACCGGUGACCCCUUGCGUCUGCUCGAGGAUGCCCAAGCCUUGAAGCCCAAUUUCUUCCCCUCUGUUCCGCGUGUCCUUAACAGAGUUUACCAAGCUGCUAUGGUUGCGGGCAACGCUCCUGGACUCAAGGGGACUAUCUUCAAGAAGGCGGUGCAGACCAAGCUCGACAAGCUUCACGCCACUGGAGAAGUGACCCACGCUCUUUGGGACCGGCUUGUCUUCCGCAAGAUCCAAGCCGUUCUCGGAGGCAACAUCCAGCUCUGCACGAGUGGAUCCGCCCCUAUCAGCAUCGAGGUCAUGGAUUUCCUGAAGAUUGCCCUUGCCUGCGAAGUCGCAGAAGGUCAUUAUGGAUUAACGGAGAACUGCGCUACCACCGCGAAGUCAUGGCCCCUGGAUAGCACCGCCAGUGGUACUGUUGGACCGGCUCAGCCCGUCAACGAGAUUAAGCUCGUGGACGUGCCUGCUAUGGGUUACACGUCAGAGGACAAGCCUAAUCCUCGUGGAGAACUUUGUGUUCGCGGAGUUAACUGCUUCACGACGUACUAUAAAGACGAGAAGAACACGAAGGAGGCCGUUGACGAGGAGGGCUGGUUCCACACCGGAGAUGUUGGGGAGGUAGACUCUGUCGGCCGCUUCAAGAUCAUCGACCGUGUCAAAAACAUCAUGAAGCUGGCCCAGGGUGAAUACGUCGCCCUCGAGAAGAUCGAGAACCUAUACAGCAGCACGCCACUCAUUGCACAGAUCUUUGUGCACGGUGAUGGACUUCAAUCGUACAUCGUCGCCGUCAUCGUGCCGGACCCCAUCCAGCUCGCCGCCAUCGCGUCACCGCUGCUGGGUAAGAAGAUCUCGCCCGAGGACACCCCUGCGCUCGCAGCUGCCUGCAAGGAUGAGCGGGUUGUGAACCAUGUCAUGGGCGUGAUCACGAAGGUCGCCCAGCAGAAUGGCCUGAAAGGAUUCGAGACGGUCAAGCGCGUCUACCUUAGCCUAGUCCCCUUCUCCAUCGACAACAACACCCUCACACCCACCAUGAAGAUCCGCCGCAAGGACGCCUACAGCCUCUACAAGGCAGAGAUUGACGCCCUCUACGCCCUUGGCGAACCAUCGAGGUUGUAG